GGUAUAAAUUCGAUCAGUCUGGGACGUUAACAUUACGGCUAUAAUGGUGUGGAGCUGCUGGGCGGCAUUCUUAUUUUAGGGUCGGAAAGCUAGUAGCUUUCAGAAAGAAAACCAGCCGUAAGGUUUAUGACGUUGCCAUUACAGUCGCAUCCGCGAUUUUAGGUGGGUACCUGGUUACAUUUUAAAGGAAGAAGAGGAUAGACAGGUAGCUGGCUUGGAAGCCAGCCAGACGGUUUCGAUUUUCGUUUGUAUUGGAAGCCAAGGAGGCCAAAAUGGUUUUUUAAGGCAUUAUGCGGCAACACUAAUGCAUCGGCAUGCAUCAGGCAAGGCAACAGAGACUGCACAAUUCCAUCACAAAAACUGCCAAGCAGUUGGGCUCCACACGCGGUAUAACCGCGAGCCAACCGAUACCACUACUACUUGAUCGGGGGAAAUAGCUACCUGGCUAGCAGCCGCAUUGAAACCGUCGCCUUGUCCUUUGGCCAUUAUUACGCAAGCUAAGUGACCAGAAUGAAGCCUCAAGACAUCUUGGCAGAGAAGACCAGUCUGUGGAUAUUCGGGUAUGGGUCACUUGUCUGGAAACCCGAUUUCAAAUACAAGAAGAGUCAAGUCGGGUAUAUCCAGGGAUACAAGAGACGCUUCUGGCACGGGGAUAAUUUCCAUCGGGGAAAUGACGAAAUGCCCGGUAGAGUGGUGACGCUGGUGGAAGAUGAUGACGCAUGCACAUGGGGGGUGGCAUACGAGGUGACCGGUUCCCAGAUUGAGGAGUCCCUGAAGUACCUGAAUGUGCGGGAGGCGGUGCUGGGGGGCUACAUCACCAGGGCAGUGGAGUUUGUUCCACGUGGGGCGGGAGACCCACCCCUCCUGGCAUUGGUCUAUAUCGCCACUGCCAACAACCCCAUCUACCUGGGGCCUGCCAGCCCUGAGGAGAUUGCCGCCCAGAUCACCGUGAGCCACGGCAAGGCCGGCCACAACAUCGAGUACCUGCUCCGCCUGGCAGAUUUCAUGAGGUGCCAGUGCCCUGAAGUGGAGGACGCCCACCUGUUCUCCAUCGAGGCUGCAGCCCUGGCCCUGGUGCCCUACCUUUUGGGGUCCCAGCAGGCUGUGCUGGCAUCAUGAACCUGCUGGCCAGUCACUCUUUAGCUUAAACUGUCUUCAGACAUCGUCCUCUCAUAGUUGUGUGUAGUGUUAGUCUUUACAGUGUCUGCUUAUGAAGAGCCACAAAAUGAUUCUCAAAACGGUAAUAAGGGAAGCAUGGUUUUUUUAAUGGGACAAAGAAAGGGUGUGGUGUUUGCAUUACACAAAGCAUGAUGCUUUACAAGUAUUUCUACCUGUGCAGUGACACCUGACCACCUGUGGGUAUUGUGCAAUAUUGUGUGGAUGUUGUAUGGCAGUUAAGUACCAUUAAAUUUACUGUUUAAUGUUAAAUUUGUCCAUAAAGAGGUUCUCCACACGUGCAGUGAUUGGGCAUUCAAAGUAGACUCAAUAAUAUUACAUAAAGGUACUGUUCCUAAUACUACUGAUCAGUUUUGGCAAAGUGCAUCCUUUCAUUACAUAUUGGACAUACUGUUGCAUGUAAAUGUAAAUGUUUUCCCUGUAAUUGUAGUUGCUUUGCACUGCUAUGUAUUGUGUGUGUGAUCACAUCUGGAGAUUGUCAGACUCCUUUGAUGUAAAGGGAAUGGUUUUUUGACUUUAUUAAUACCACAUUAUUUUUGCAUCAUGUUAAGACAUCAAUAAACUCAUAAAGGUAACAGAAAUUUGCAUCUUUUUGGUAAUAUGUUUGGGAUACCUAGGAGGAGUUAUAGAAGAAGGCAAGUCAUGGAUUCCAGACUAGCCUGAUAUGAGUAGUGCAGCCUGCCACUUCACAGACAAUGCCUGUGUGCAUCUUAUUGGAGGAGACUCCCCAUGUUGCAUUUCUGUACUUUUCAUAGGUGAACAAAACAAUGGCAACACUAACUAAGGGUUACUUAGUGUUGUCAUAGGUCGGUAUGGACAUUUGUUACAAAUGCUUUAGGUGUGGUCAAACCAGUUCUGC